AUGAUUCUUCUCAAGUUGGAGGCUGACAAAAACCGGUUCUGUUUCUUCCUUAAUGAUUGGGAUCGUUUUUGCUGUUUUCGAUAUGCCAUCUUGAUAUUCGGGUUCACCUCAAGCCCUUUUGUACUGGGGUGUAUUUUGAAACCACAUGCAGCAAAAUACACACUAGACGCUUGCCGCAGGAUGAUUGAGGACAGAUUUUAUGUGGACAAUUUUGUAACAUCGGAAGCAGACCCGGUGAAGCUGGCAAAAUUGUACUCCCUGGCACGGGAACGUUUGCAGGAAGGCGGCUUUGUUAUUCAGUCCUGCAACUCCAACGAUGAGGCUCUCCGAACCAGGAUGAAAGAAGAUGGUUCACUGAGUGCACAUGAUGAAGAAUGGGAGAAGGUACUGGGUGGUUACCGAUACAACCCUCUUUCAGAAGAGAUGCACGUGGGCCGCGUCAAGUGCGAUCCCGAUGCGUCAACAAAGAGGGGAAUGCUUUCUGAGGCGGCCAAAAUUUUUGACCCCUUAUCUUUUUGUCUCCCAGUUACGGUACGCAGCCAAAUACUUAUUAGGUCUGUGUGGAAGAAUGGUUUGGGUUAG